UAUACGUAAAAAUCGGGUUGAAAGGAAACCUUAACUAACUUUCAAACAAUAUAUUCCCAUAAUAAGUAACUAUUUUUCAUUUCAAUUUUGUACAACACCCCUAAAACUUCUCUAAUCCAGAUCUCUCUAAGUUUCUCUUCUUAAAGAAAACAAAAUAAAGAACCAAAUUAGAUAAAAUGAAGGAAACAAAACACUAAAAUAAGACUAAUUUUAAAGAUCAAAAAAUUGUUAACAGGUUGGGAGGAGGAAAAGGAGAGAGCCAAAAAAAAUAAAAAAUCAUUCAUUCCUGCCUUAGCUAGAGGCAUGCCAUGCUAGCUAAAACAACGGCAGAAGGCCUCUCUCUUUAGCUCCUCCUGCCCUCUCAACCAUCUCUUUGAUUCGAUCUUUUGUUCGAUACAAACAUGGCCUUUGAGGAGUUUAGCCAACUAUCUAAACGUAGGAGAGAAGAACGCGCACAAAAAUACAAGAAGAAGAUAUGCUUCGCGGUAAUUUGUAGUAUAUUGUUCCUCCUUUGUAUAGCUGGUGGAGUUUUUGCAUUCUUUUAUUUUAGCGAUAAGAAAAAUGAUGCAUCUAAAGACGAUGGUUCCUCUCCAGGAGGGGAAGAGCAGACGAAAGUCACGAGUAAGAUAAUACAAAUGUUAUGUGAUCCUACGGACUAUAAGAAGAAAUGUGAGCAUACCCUAGCCAAUGUGGUUCGUACUAAUGCCUCUAACCCUUCUAUUGCCCCUAGGGUGAUCAUCAAAGCCGCCAUCUCUGCAGCCGCAAAAGAGAUUGUCAAGGCUAUUAAUAAGACCGAAAAAUUUAAGUUUGAUAAACAAGAGGAUAAGGCUGCAUAUCAAGUUUGCAAGAAGCUCUUCCAGGAUUCGGUAGAUGAAUUAUCCGAGUCACUCCAUCACGCGGAACAUGAGGUUAAGAACUACCAUACCGAGAUUAAUGACCUUAAGACAUGGUUAAGCGCGGUGUAUUCUUACCAAGAAACAUGUAUCGAUGCAUUCGAUAAUGGGGAUAUCAAGAACAAGAUCAAGGGUGCAGUGAAUGCUUCUAAGGAGUUUGUUAGUAACUCUCUUGCACUUGUAUCCCAAAUCUCAAAUAUUCUUGACAAGUUUAGUGCGGCCGAAGAAGCUUUGAAGCCUCCUACUCGUCACCUUCUAGCACACGGUGCACCUAAUCGCAAUGGUUCACCUUCAUUCGUCGAUGAUGAGGGGUUUCCCGAUUGGGUUGGUCAUGAGGAACGUAAGCUUUCGGUUAAGUCGGUGAGUAACUUGGUUGCCAACCUCACUGUGGCGAAAGAUGGGAGUGGAAAUUUUACUACCAUCAAUGAUUGUUUAAAAUCCUUGCCUGAAAAUCGCAAAGAAAGAAUUUAUAUCCACAUUAAAGAAGGAAUUUAUGAAGAAUACGUGACAAUUGCCAAAAAGAUGACGAACAUAACAAUGUUUGGAGAGGGGUCACAAAAAAGCAUGGUCACUGGCAACAAAAAUUUUGUAGAUGGAGUUCGUACCUUUGAAACUGCCACUUUUGCUGUACAAGGAGAUGGAUUUGUUGGCAUUGCAUUAGGAUUCAAGAACACGGCAGGCCCGGAAAAACACCAAGCAGUAGCCCUUAGAGUGCAAGCAGAUCGCUCAAUUUUCCUCAAUUGUCGUAUGGAAGCUUACCAAGACACCCUUUAUGUUCAAGCACAUAGACAAUUUUACCGUAGUUGUUACAUCACUGGUACAAUAGACUUUAUAUUUGGUGAUGCGGCUGCUAUCUUUCAAAAUUGCAUGAUUAUUGUUAGGAAACCUAUGGACAACCAGCAAAACAUAGUCACGGCCCAAGGGAGGGCUGACAAACACGAAAACACGGGCAUUGUUCUCCAUAAUUGUCGUAUCUACCCUGACAAGGAUCUCUUCCCUUUGAAGCAUAAGUUCAAGACAUACCUAGGGAGACCUUGGAAGCAAUACUCUAGGACAAUUGUCAUGGAAAGUACAAUUGGUGAGGUGAUCGCGCCUGAGGGAUGGUCACCAUGGCAAGGGGACUUUGCACUUAAGACAUUGUACUAUGCAGAGUUUAACAACCAUGGUCUGGGAGCAGAUACCUCAAAACGAGUUAAAUGGGGUGGUUAUAAGAAGUCCAUUAGUAGGCAAGAGGCACAAAGUUACACUGUUACACCCUUCUUGCAAGGUAGUUGGAUUCGAGACAACCCUUCGGUGCAAGUUCAUUUUGGGUUGUACAAUUGAAGGCUCAAUGGCCAUGUAUUUGAUUCAACAAGGAGAUUGGAUUUUCAUAUUUGAUUUGAUUUAUUCAAAAUUACUAAUAGCUAGAACUUUUAGAAAAUUUUGGCAUUCUUAAUGAGUGUUUCAUAUACUUGUUUAUUUGAUGUACAUUAUCUUAGACGAUGAUUUUACUUGACUUAUUCAACUUCGUAUAAUUAACAACAUUACAUACACUAUGCCUAAUUCCCUCUCUAAUUGUUUUUUUGAGAUUCUAAGCCAGAAUAAAUAAGGCCAUCUCAAACAUAUUGAGAAUUCAUUCUCAAUUUUUAAUAUCAGAUCUCUAUAAAAUAAGAAAAUAUUAUCGUAUUUAUCAUUAUAAAUCAUGUCUUUAUAAAAUUAAU